GCCUCUAUGUCCGCAAAACUUCAGCAAGGUCGAUACAGUUGUCAGUCCUGCUCGGGCUUAGUUUGCGUCCGUUUGAAUUAAAUUGAUGAAAUCCGUUACUGUUUAAAGGAUGCAAUGAUCGUUCGUAUGUCAGCUUGAGUUGAUGAACGUGCAGUGUUUCUGAUCAAAAGUUUGUCGAACAAUUGUACAGGAUGAAUUCGUUUUGUCCUGUGUCACAAACCGUGCCUAAAACCGUUAAGCCAUGCACGGAUAAGCAACCUCCUUAUACCAUGUUACUCGCUCCCUUUCAACCAGCUACAAGGAUCGAGUUGGAGACCGAUGUAAACACCGAUAUAGAAUGCUGCUUAAAUAUAAAAAAUACUAGUGACAAGAUAUUAAAUGUAACCGUGACAAAGGUACCAGCUAUAGAACGGCAGAUCACAUUAAGUUUAUCUGAAUUAGAGAUUCAGGGGAAUAGCAAUGGCACGAUGCAUAUCAGAUGGUCCCCCAGAGAAGCUGGAUGCUGGCGAGACGUGUUGCAACUCACUGAUAAUAGGCGAAUUAAAUACGACAUUGUUAUAGCAACAACUGCUAAGGAUAACAAGAAGAAAAAUGUCAAGACACGGAAGAAACCGCCAAAGGCAUCUCUAUCACUGUCAAGUUCGUCGAAUUUUUCUGUGUCAAUAAUAAAUAAACCGUACCAGCAAAGCAAUACAUCGUUAAAAGUUCCAACUAUUAAUCAGUCAUUGGUCAGCAAUCUUGGUGCGCAAACAAGAAAAUGCAUACCAAGUUUUAAGAACGAGUCAAAUAAAGAAAACAUCUACGGAGGAAAAAAUGGGACGAAAACACACAUGCUGCAAAUUGGAGAUAAUAAAAUAAUUAAUGAGACUCAUCAUUACGGUCAUGACAAGUCGGAGAACUCUUUGUUUGAACAGAGUAUAAAUGUGUGGAGCGACGGCAGUGUACUGCCACAAGCUCUUCUUCCUUCUAAUGUACCGCAGGACAUUCGGAGAGCCACAUACGUUAAGGAAAGAAAGCCUUGCAACAAUGUACUGUACGAGCACAGCGAACAAAUUAAAGAACAAACUGAAAAUACAGUAUAUACUGCAGACAAGGCUCAGACUGAAUUUUCUAUGCUAUUGGACAAGCUUACAUUCACGUCCGUGGACGUAAUCUCGAGUUCUCUGCAGUCUACAAGAAGAGAAUCGAUCGAUUCGACGAUCUCGCAGAGCAUAGAUAAACACAGAACGUUCAAUAUUAGUCGCGAUCAAUUCUUUGAUACAUUCGCAGUUUCUGAUACGAGAAUUCCUGUCAAUGCACCAUCUGCUUUACAGUCAACAGACGUGUGCGAUUCGUCGCUAAUUGAAUCGAAGAAAGAAGACGGAUGCUCUCUCAUAAGUGAUAUGAACAAUUUCAGGGCAUCGUCACCGAUUAAUUCGCAACACAACGAUCUAUUGAAAGAUCCUACCGAAUAUUUCAAACGGUCUACAACGAAUAUAAAUCGUAGCGUCCAGACAAGCGACUACGAAUACUUCAGCUUUGAGAUCAUUCCUGAGAACGUUGAGGCGACUAAAGAAACGGGGGACAUGUACAUCGAAAUAUCGCCACCGAAAAAGCCUCUCUCAUAUAAAUCGAUGUUUUCAUCGAAGCUCGUUAAAAACACGAGAACCGGUAAAAUUACAAAAAACAAAUCUGAGGAAAGAAACAUGAAGAAGUUACAUCUGAAUGAUUCAAGGAAGACUCCAAGGAAGACACCAGCAAUCAAGGUGAACAAAUUGUCUCUCAGCGCUUUGCGUAAAACGAAAUGGCAUGCUCCAUCAUCCUCUAGAGAAUCCAGCUUCAGAAUACAAAACAAAGAAGAAUCUUUCAUCUACGAAGCGUUCGACCUAGAUCCCUUCUCACCAUCCGUCACCGAGGAUCCAUUUCUGAAAAACACAAUCCAUUAUGACGAGAGGUGGCUGCUGCAACAAGAACUGACAUUUACAAAGUGGUUGAACGCUCUGUUGUCUUCGCCGGAAGACUUGUCUGUAGACAUUGAAACCGCUGUAGCAGAUAUCGGGAAGGUAUGGCAGUCGUGCAAAGUGCAGAAGGACACUGUACUGGCCGAAACGAAGGAGGCUGUAUCCGCUAGGUAUCACACGAAUACUAGAUUGAACAUGUUGCGAAAAGCUGCGAGUGCUAUGUUCAAUCGUGAGGAAGUCGCGCAAGUUCUUUCACGCACCAGCACGUACAUCGCUAAAGGAACUUUGUGCAUCAGGUCGGAUCGCAAUCUACAUCGAGAUAUUGGCUUGCAGAAACUCAUAUUGGGUUUAUUCUUGAAUUAUAAUCCCUUGUGGCUGCGCAUUGGCCUGGAGACAAUCUACGGCGAGAGCAUUCCUCUGCGCUCGAACAACGACAUGGUUGGCCUGACUCGCUUUCUCUUGACAAGAUUUUUCUCUGAUCCGCGGCUGAUCAAAAUGCCCGGCUACCAUAAGGUGGAUCCGAGCCAAAAGUUCGUCACGCAACUGAACCAGUUCAUCCUGAAGAAGUUUCUGUUUCUCGUAUAUUUCCUGGACUAUGCGAAGCAGCGCAAACUGAUCGGGCACGACCCGUGCCUGUUCCACAAGCGCGCCCAGCACAAGGAGAGCCGCGAGAUCUUGCUGAGUUUCUCGCGCGAGCUCUUGAGCGGAAUCGGCGACGUGACAAAAUUGCUACGCGCGCACAACUACGUGCUCGCCCAUCGACAGACGUACAUCGAGGAAUACGAUUACGCGGUAGUGGAUAUACGGCGUGACUUACGCGACGGCGUGCGACUGUGCCGCGUCAUGGAGCUCGUCACCGGUACCCGAGGUUUGACCCAAUGCUGUCGCGUACCGGCGAUAUCACGUCUGCAGAAAGUGCACAACGCGGAUGUAGCAUUGAACGCUCUGCGCCAAGCCGGCUACGUCCUCGAGGGUGACAUAGAUGCAAAGAGUAUCGCCGACGGCCACUGCGAGAAGACUCUGUCGCUCUUGUGGCAGAUCAUCCACAAGUACCAGGUGCCGCGAUUCGACCGGGGGGCUCGCGUGCUCCAAAGAUGGUGGCGGGCGCAGCUCUGGUACAUCAACGUGAGGAAUUACUUGCGGGCACGUAGAAAUCUCGCCGCGAUCAUAAUCCAGCGCGUGUGGAGACGCAAAGUUGCGCAGUCUAGUCGGAUGAUCGAAAUCGAUUGCGAUUUGGAGGAACAUAAGUGCUUCUUGCACGUCAGAAUGGCCGCGAUAUGUAUUCAGAGAUGGUGGAGGCGCGCGCGAGAAAACCCAGGGAAGCUGCAAGAGUUGAGGAAGAGACGCAGAGUCGUGAUCAUGUUGCAGACGAGGUGGAGAGCGACGUUGUUGAUGAGAGAGCAACGGAAUCAAUAUCGUGAUCUGAAGAAAGUUACAUUGUUCAUUCAGGCACGCUGGAGAGCAACGCGAGCGAUGAAACUGCAACGUUUCGAGUACCUGGCGCUUCGCGAUGCUACCGUAAAGGUGCAAUCCUGGUGGAGAUCUAUAAGGAUCAUGCAAACGCAACGUGAAUGGAUGCUUCAUAGGAAAGAGAGCGCGCGUAUCAUCCAGACCUGGUGGAGAAGCUGUUUGUUGACACGCAGAACGCGCAAUAACUUUUUACUGAUGAAAGCCGCCGUGCAGAGCAUCGAGAGAUGGUGGAUGAGCGUCCUCGAGAGGAAGAUAUUCCUUCUGUACCGAAAAAGUGCUGUUCUGAUCCAGAAAACGUGGAGAAAGUAUCGAGCUCGCAAGCGAGAAGCCGCCUGCGCAAAGAUACAGGCCUGGUGGAGAAGCAAGAUGUGUUCGCGUAGAUACAGCCUCCAGAAAUGCUGCUGCGUGAAGCUGCAACGUUGGUGGCGCGGAGUUGAGCUUACGAGGCGCCAACGCGCAGAGUUCUUGCAACUGCGGCACGCGGCAUUGACCGUGCAGAAGAACCGGCGAGCGAGAACAGCUAGGAGGCACUAUCUGAAACAACGGCAGGCAAUCUCGCUGAUACAAUCAUGGUAUCGUCGUGCUAAUUCAGCAAGGACCGUUCGACGACGUUAUCUGGAGAUGAGAGGUGCCGCGAUGCGAAUACAGAACUGGUGGCGCAAUGUCAUGGUAGCUCGCCGGGAGCGCAGAAACUACCUGCGGCUUCGUGACAGCGCCAUUCUCCUGCAGACUCAUUGGCGUCGACGGGUUUUGGCUCGCGCAGAUCGUCAACUAUACCUGACGAAGAGGAAGGCAUGCAUCACUCUACAAUCCUGGUGGCGAAUGAUCAGAAGGCAGAGGGAGUACAGACGAUACAAGGCCUGUGUGCUGAGGACGCAAAGACGAUGGCGUGCGACAAGAGCCGCUCGUGCCGCGAGGGAGGAACAGCGGCUGACUCGUGCGGUUGUUGCAGUACAGGCUCGUUGGAGAGCUCUGACGGCGAGAAGACGAUUCGUCGCCUUGCGCCAAGCUGCAAUAAUAAUUCAGUCAUGUUAUAGAAUGCACAUUGCGAAGCGCAGAUACGAAAUCGUCAAGUAUGCCGUGACGAUUAUCCAAGCCUACUGGCGUGCCUACAACGCGGGCAAACGCGAGAGGAUGCGUUACUUAUCCCUGCGUCAGGCAACCAUCACUGUGCAACGUCGCUACAGGCAGAAAAGGAGCGAACGCGAGGAGCUACUACGGCGGCAGCAAGAGGAUGUUAUCUCGAUUGCCACGAAGAUCCAGGACGAGUGUGGAGAAGCUAUUAACGUGGAUCGGGACGUUACCACGAAACUCGCGUUACCAGACAGCGAUUACUGGCAAGAGAUGAUCAGCGUGUUGCGCAAUUGCGCUAGCGUCGGCACGCUGCUUACAUGCCUGAGCAGCUUGGAUACUAUAACGAAAUUAUCACCAACCGUUUGUGUUAUCCUCUGCAAGUUGAACCUGGCCGACGAUAUAUAUAAUACAAUAGCGCAGAAUAAUAGAUCUUUGCCGUGGAUGAAGGUCUGUGUGCAAGCAUGCAGCAUUCUGAUUACUUUGGCAAAAUAUCCAUACACGAGAAAGUACAUCGUCAAAAAAGAGUAUGCGCUGUCGUUGAUAAAGCUUCUAAGCGGAUCGUUGAAGGACAAGAAUGUAUUUUUACAUUGUGCCACUUUAAUAUGGCUACUUAGUCAGGAUGAAGAUUAUUCAAAGGCUAUCGUAACAUGUCCGCAAAUAAAUUGGUUAAUGAAGAAUAUUCAACAUAAGAUCUUGAAGGGUGCCAGUGUGACAAAAUCGAAGGACCUGGAGAAAUUAUAUCCCAGUUGCGAGCCUCAUCAGAACAACGUACAGAAACCGCGAUUAUUCACCGACAUGAGUUUUGCUGUUGCAGCUAUUAUUAAAAGUACUUACACGUGAUGUUAAUUCAUAAGGUUGGUAAUUAAUUCUAUUAAAUUUCAAGAAAUUUUCUAUUUACAAGUAUGUGCAUGAUAUUGAAUAUAAAUUGCUGCUUAGAUCCAAGUAGCAAUAACUAUUCAUCGACAUAACACAUGAACUAAAAACAAUUCAGUUGCGGAAAGUAUCAUCUUUCGCAUAUAUCUAUAUCUAUAUAUAUAUAUCUCUAUAUAUCUGUAUUUUAAACCUCGCAUUCUGAAAAGCUGGCAGUCUCGCGCGACUGAGGUCGCAGAAAUCAAGACAAAUAAGUUCACGUUUUCAUUCUGCUUUAAUAACCGAUUUCAUUCCUAAAAACGUGGCAGAACACUGGCAACGAUGACAACUCGAUCUGCAUAUGAUACAAUAAGAGAUAAAUGUAAUUUUUAUUUACAGUGCUACUCACAAAUAAAA